CGGCAGCUUGCAUGACGGGGCCGGGCAAGCAGAUCUGCCUUACUAGCAGCACCCCAAACCCGGCCAGGAUGUACCGAUGUACUCACCCAUGCGGCGUGCACGGCUUUGCCCCACUGGCAUUGGUUGGCGGCCAGCUUGCUGUCCAACGUGAGGUGCUGUUCCUCCCGUCCAACCAUCAGGUGGCGUUCAACCACCCUUCCCUCGUUCCCUCCCUCCCUCCCACUCCCCUCCGCACCAUGCUCGCCGCCAUAAGAGCCUCUGGCCCUGCUCUUCCUUGCUCCCGACAUGGCGCCUCCCACCGACCAGGCCGCGCCCCUCAAGACCGACGAUGAGUCUCCCAACGCGGGCCAGACGCCCUCGAACCGCAAGCGUCAUCUCCGAGCAGCACAGGCUUGCGACCUGUGUCGGGAAAAGAAAAGAGCAUGCGACGAAGGGCGGCCAUGCGCCAACUGCGACAAGGACAACCUGGUAUGUCGCUACUCCGCCAGCAAGUCCACUCGCCACAUGUCCGACAUCGAUGCCGCCUUCCACCAUCUCGACGAGCACACCAACAAACUGCACAUGCACAUGCAGCUGCUCGACAACUACCUCCCCCGCUUGGACGAGCUGGCCACGCGGCUGGAUGCCGUCGAGAGGAACAAGCUGCAGGCAAACAACCCCGACUUCUCCCCGCGAGAUCCAUACCAUGCCUCGGGCGUGCACACGCUCGUCAAGCUGUGGCCCUCCAUCGACUCCCUCCUCUACUCCGCCCACUUCCCCGUCGAUCCCGGCUACGUGCUCGCCUCCGAGGCCAAGGAUGUCCACAUCAGCCCCCGCCCCUACGCGCCCCAUACCAUCCUCCCCCGCGACCCCGUCACCAGCCACGCCUAUGCCUUGAACGACUUGCCCGCCGCCGAUGCCAUGCUGGACCGCAAAGCUCGCAUCCCCUCCCCGGACGGCAACAACUCCCUCCGCUUGCUAUUCCGCAGCUAUGUCGACAACAUGCACUCCCUCCAUCCCUUUGUCGAUCUUGAUGACGCCCUUCACUCUUUUGAGCACCUGUUUGGCGACAACUUCCAUCCGCCGCUCAGCUACCCGGACGACAUGAGUGAGCCCACCCACCGGCCCAUCAAGAGACCGCGAGUCGACCAUAUGAGCUUUGGGCAUGGCGGAAGCAUUGCGCCUCCAUCUCGCGCACACAAACCUUCCCCACUGGAAACCGCCCGCCUCUACCUCAUCCUCGCUCUCGGAGACAUUUGCGCACACAAGAGAGGCUUGGUCUUCAGCCCGAGGAGCAAGGUCCAAUCACUUGCAGAACGUACGGGCCGUAGCGGCUCAUUUCAAUCCGACGCCACACUUGUGGACGACGGGCUCGUCUCUCCACUAUCCGCAAACCCGCCCACACCCCAGGGCUUUGCCGAUGGCGGUCCAGCAGACGUUCCUGGCGCAAACUUCUAUGACCAAGCGACACGGAUCGCGGGACCUUUCCAGGGUGGUAAUGAUCUCAUCCAUGCUCAAAUCGCCCUCCUCGCCGGCCUCUACAAGGCUCAAGUUGGACAAGUACGCGAGAGCUUCAACUGGAUCAGCUCGGCCGGCCGAUCGGUGCUGCACUUGCUCCGCCGUUUUCAUCUCCUUGCGAAUAGCUCCGACAUGCACGACGAUUCCCCCGAAACACGAGGUCGAGCGCCCUACCAAAGUCUGCAGAAACGUGUGAAAAGCGCGGAGCAUGACCUGGUGGUGCUGGCUGCGUGGAGCUGCAUUCAGUUGGAGGGCGAUAUCCUCGCCGAGCUGCCUUACCCCGAAAGUGGCAUAUUGGCUUGCGAGGAUCUCCUGCCCUGGCCAACUCGCAUCCCCGGCGGCUCGCAAUUCUACAAAACGGGCGCGUUGAGCAGUCAUGAUGUGUUGAUGUACUUCUCCUCCCAGCUCUGGCUUCGGAAACGUUUGAACCUGAUCCAGAAUCAACUCCACGGUGGAGCUGGCAAACUCUUGUCGACCUUUGCCCUUCGACAAGUACUAUGCGAGCACCACGUCUCCCUCACGUCGUGGCGUAGCGGUCUACCCAUCCAUCACGGAUGGCUGGACACUGAGCCCCCGCCGGCCGACAUUCACACCGCCCGGCUUCGCGCCAAGUACUGGAGCGCGUGCUUUCUCGCGGACCGACCAUACCUGGACUGCGUGUUGCAUGAAAUGGCGUUCGACGCGUACGGGCACAGUCGCACGGACACAGGCAGUCGGCUCUUCGAUGCCAUCUCCACGCUGCCCGAGGCGCAGAAAAUGCAGGGUGCGCAGCGGUGCAUUCAGGCCGCUUUCCAGAGUGCGCGAGCCUUCGAUGGUAUCAACCAGGCCCUUAUCGACCCCAACAUGCACGGCACUGCACAUGCGCUCUUCGGCAACGUCCUCGUCCUCGCCGCAGCGUAUACAAAUACGACUGUCACCGUCAACCCGCCGAGGAUGGGAAUCCAGCAGUCCGAACUCCUUGGCCUGAUCCGCCGCACCCUCGGCUUCCUUGAACGCCAAUCAUUCCUCUCCGAGACGUGCAAGAUUGAUCGGCAAAUCCUGCAAAAAGUGCUGGUCGCGGUGGCGAACGAUCCGUGACGACGCUUGUCCAUGUUCAGUGGAGGAGGGAGCAGGCGGCAUCAACCUUUCACUGUAUUCAGUUGUUCCAUUUCGAGGGGCAUUCAUGUAUAAGCGAGGACAGAGCGACAUCAUGAUGGACAAACGACAUUUAAUAACAAAAGCGACCAUGACCCGAUGGCAUUGGGCGGGCGUCGAGGGUUGUCUGCAUCAUUACGGCGAGAUGACGAGGACAUCAAUAGUGCAUCCAUCAUACGCGCGGAGA